AUGCGCACUUCAUCCCUUCUUUCCGGCCUGAGUGCCUUGGGCUCUCUGGCUCUCGUUGCUGCCGCCCCCUUUGCGGAGUCCAACGUCCUCAGCAAGAGAUGUGACUUCGACUCUGCUGCCUCCCCCGACUGCUGGGGUGACUACUCGCUCUCUACCAACUGGUACGACGAUGCACCUGACACGGGUGUCAUUCGUGAGUACUGGCUUCAACUCGUCAACACCACGCUUGCUCCCGAUGGCGUCGAGCGCAUGGUCUUGACCGUCAACGGAACCAUUCCCGGGCCUACCAUCACGGCUGACUGGGGUGACACUGUCGUCGUCCAUGUCCACAACGGGCUGCAAGAUAACGGCACCAGUAUCCACUGGCAUGGUAUCCGCCAGUUCGGCACGAAUGAGGCAGAUGGCGUGGCUUCGAUCACCCAGUGCCCUGCCGCCCCAGGCGAGGACCUCACAUAUACGUGGAAGGCUACUCAAUAUGGAACAACUUGGUACCACAGCCACUUUUCUCUUCAAGCCUGGAACGGAGUCUUUGGCGGCAUCAUCAUCAACGGACCUGCUUCUGCCCCCUAUGACGAGGACAAGGGCCUCAUCAUAAUCAACGACUGGUACCACCAGACCUCGGACCAGCUGUACGCGGCGGCUUCAACCUCCGGACCACCCACGCCCGAGAACGGUCUGAUCAACGGUCUCAACGUCUACGGCGACGGCGGCAGCCGCUUCGAGACCUCGUUCACCAGCGGGACCUCAUACCGUCUGCGCAUCGUCAACACUGCCAUGGACAACAUGUUCAAGUUCACGAUCGACAAUCACACCAUGACGGUCAUCUCCUCCGACCUGGUGCCCAUCGUGCCCUACGAGACGGACACGAUCUUUAUCGGCAUCGGCCAGCGCUACGACGUCGUCGUCAAGGCCGACCAGGCGGCCGGCAACUACUGGAUGCGGUCGAUUCCGCAACUGAGCUGCGGUUCCAACGGCAUGACGCUCAACAUCAAGGCCAUCGUCACCUACGACGGCGUAGAUGUCGCCGAACCCGAGUCCGAGGCCUGGGAUUCUGCCAGCGUUGAUGACUGCUUGGACGAGCUGUCGUCGAACCUGGUCCCCUUCGUGGCGCUCGACGCUGGCGACGCCGUGGUCGAGGAGGUGCUGGAUAUCGGCAUCUCGAUCGUCAACAGCUUCUUCAAGUGGACCGUUAACUCGAACACCUUCCUGUCGGACUGGGGAACGCCCACUCUCCAGAAGGUCAUCUCUGACGGCUCGACCUACACGGCUGAAGAGAACAUCAUCACGCUGAACGAGACCAACAAAUGGGUCUACCUCGUCAUCGAGUCGCAACUCGGUCUCACCCACCCCAUCCACCUGCAUGGCCACGACUUUUUCGUGUUAGGCAAGGAGUCGGGGGCGACAUUCACGACGGACGCGUCGCUGAACCUGGUCAACCCGCCGCGGCGCGACGUGGUGAUGCUGCCGGCCAGCGGCUACGUGGCCAUCGCGUUCGUCAGCGACAACCCGGGCGUGUGGCUGGCGCACUGCCACAUCGGCUGGCACACGAGCCAGGGCUUCGCGCUGCAGCUCGUCGAGCGCGCAUCCGAGAUCGCGGCCACGGUCGACUCGAAGGUCGUGGACGACACUUGCGCGGCGUGGAACGCGUACGCGUCUGCUGGUGCGGUUGUGCAGGAGGACUCGGGGGUCUGA